AUGGACUCUGUGACCCGCCUUCUUGUUCUGACAGUGGUUCUGCUUCUCACAAAAACCACUGCUGUCGGAAUUGUUCAGCGAGAACCAUGUCCUGAGAAUUAUAAACCAUGUUCUCUGCCUGGAGUCUCGAAGAGCAGCGUGCCAGUGGUUGACAAUUCUUUGUCAGGGCUCUACGUUGACCUGGUCAGCUCCGUCAAGCCGCAGCCUGUCAUUCGCGAUUUGGGGGCGAACCAGGUGCAUCACCAGGCUCGGGAUAUGUCCGUCAGCAUUUGUUGUGCUGAAGGCAUAGAAUGCCGCCAGCUCAACGUAUGGGACCUUCCAUUCUGCUGGGAUCGAUUCACAACCAACUUCUUCCUCCCUGAUGGUUCCUACGGGAAUCUUUUUACCGGCUACUACAAUUCGGCAUCUGGUGCUAUUGCGAAUCUGGUCUCUGGCGACAUUGCUCUUCCCAACGGCCGAACAGCGAACAUCUACUCGGACGCCCCGCAAGCCAGACCAGUCACUUCUCUCCUAGCAGUGCCAACACCGUGGACAAGCAAGGGUCUCGGCACUGCGAUCCCAAACAGCGAGUUGGGUGCUGCACCGUCGUACGCGGCUACACCGGCAGAGACCACACUCGCUCUAGUAAACAGUCUAUCGUUUCCAUCAAUGACAUCGAUUGCUGAACCCACUGGUACACCAAUCACCCUAAAUGUGACAAGCUAUCCAGGAUCAUAUGGAUUUGGUCCGCCACCAACGCCGAACACCACAAGCGUCAUCCCAUCAAUGGGAGCCGCCACCACCAAUGGGGUUCGAGGUACCCAUCUGAUAUUCACCCUUACGCUGCUAGGUUACUUCGUGAAUAUCAUAGGGUCCUCAUCUUUCGCCUGA